AUGUCGUCGAUCGUUGCGAUGCGGUUAGCCGGCUCGUUAGCCGCUAUCAUCUUAUCAAUCAGUGUUGUUGUAUGUGCGCAGAACAUCAGAUUUCGGCGUCAAGCCUAUCCACCGAAUCCAGCACCGUUUCAAGCACGAGUCGAAGACUACAACCUACCACCAUUUUACCAGCCGCAUCCUGGUCGUGAUGCCUCAUCAUUAACGCCGAUAUUCCCAUUUACAAGUGAAUUCAACAACGGUUUGGAUGUGAAUCCUGGCACGAGAUUUACAGUGGAUGGGAAUUUAAACGUGCCCAUACUUGGAUGGGGAAUAUGGGAUUAUAAAGGCGGUGUAAAAGUUGGUCGCGCGAAUACAAGAAUGGGUUUCGGAUCGUUACAACGUCCAACAAAUGUGCUCGGCAUAACUUCAGACACAUUAGCAACGAUGGCAAAGGACGGAUACUUCAAUCAAGCCCGACAGUCUGUACCGUCAAUCCCAGUAUCGGUUUUGCCGGGAAAUUUUGUCCCAUUGCGAUGUAAGCCACCGUUCUGUAAUCCAUUUGUGCACAACACAGCGUUUGGUGUUGAUGUGGAACCCGGAGACGAUUACCUCUUCGAUGGUGGCCUCGACUUCCCCAUUCCACUAGGACCGUCAGGCGUGGGCGUACGAUUCCCGCUUAGUGCUCAAUGCCAAAAAUACGGUAACGAUGAACCGUUGGUUGUACCGAUACGAGGUCCAUUAGCACAAUUCCCAGCACUUGUAACAGCUGACAACUUUCCACUUUUUCCAUUUACGGAUCAAUUCAGUACUGGUGUUGAAAUCAAUCCCGCAAACAAAGUGUCCGUCGCCGGUGACAUGAACAUACCCGUUCCCGGAUGGGGAAACUUCGAUGUGGAUGGGAAUGUAUACUUCGGGAACAUCAAUGUUGAUACAAAGGUUGGAUAUCAGAUCCGCCCCACCAAUAAGUUAAACAUCAAACCGGAGACUUUGGCUCUUCUGGGACAGAAUCCAGCUUUCCGAGAAGCUCGUAGAAAAGCCAAAGAAGUAGUCGUUGGACGGAUACCGUAUGGUUACGAGCCGAUUAAAUGUAAACCACCCUAUUGUAAUCCAUUCGUUCAUCAUACAGGAGUUGCCGUGGAAGUGGAACAAGGAUAUUCCUACGAAAAGACAGGGUUAGAGUGUGAUGACAGUUUUUUCAUUGGCGGCAUCGAUUUCCCGUUACCAAUCGGACCAUUCGGUUCUGGAGUUCGUUUCCCACUAUCCGGAGCUGUAGAAGCGGGAACGUCACCAUAUGCUUAUGCUCACGGUCAUGCUUUCAAUCCAGUUUCACCGUUCGAUCUACAGGCGAUCAAUGAUGAUGAUGUUACGCAGGUUGGGAAUCGGCAACCGAUACGACGAAGUCCUACGAAGAAGAAUUUCGAUAAGAACAAGUUCUACCAAAAGAAAUUCUUCUCAGGUGUUCACGGCCAAAAAUAUGGGAACAGUGAGCCACUCGUUGUGCCUAUACGUGGUCCAAAAGCACAAUUUCCUGAUCUGGUCACCGCCGACAAAUUUCCGCUGUUCCCAUUCACCGAACAAUUCAAUACGGGAAUUGAAAUCAACCCUGCAAAUAAGGUGUCUCUCGCCGGUGAUGUGAAUAUUCCCGUACCUGGAUGGGGAAAUUGGGAUAUGGAUGCAAAUUUAUACGCUGGUCAUAUUAACGUGGACGUUAAAACCGGUUAUCUAACUGGUCCAAAGAAUCCGUUGCGUAUCAAACCAGAAACUCUGGCGCUAUUAGCGCAAAAUUCUGCGUUUAGGGAGGCCAGAAAAAAUGCCAAGGAAGUCGUUUUGGGACGAAUACCAUAUGGUUACGAACCUAUUAAAUGUAAACCACCGUACUGUAAUCCGUUUGUGCAUCAUACAGGAGUUGCAGUGGAAGUAGAGCAAGGUGAUGACGAAUUCUUUCUCGGAGGUAUUGAUUUCCCAAUCCCAAUGGGUGCUGUGGGCGGAAUCCGCUUCCCGCUUUCCGGUGCUUUUGAAUACGGAACAUCACCGUACGCUUACGCUCACGGUGAUGCAUUUAAUCCUGUGUCACCAUUCGAUUUGAAAUCGUUAGACGAUGAAAAUCUCACACAGACUGGUUCCGUUCAACGACGAAGUCCAGGCAAGAAAAUCAAUAAGCAUGAGUUUCAUAAGAAAUUCUUCGAUAAGCUUCCACAGUAG